AGUUCCCCUCAUCGACUUUUUUUACGAGGAAACUAGAAGCGAAAAGAGACAUAAUAAAUUUGAUCGGCUGUAGUUAGUUGCACACCAGUACAGCAGGCGAACGUCCACAAUCGAUUUUUACGCGUUCCGCUUUUUGAUACCUAUUUACACGGGAAAAAAUGUUGGCGCCGUGCAUCACCGCUCGUAGUAGUGGGUCCAGCCUUUAUUCCUCCCUUGCAGCGCUGACGUAUUUCUUUGUUUUCUUAGUGGUGCACUACCAAAACUACUACAGCAGAUGCGCAACCAUCGUUGGCGCCUUUUCGUUGUCGUUUAGCAAGGUCAAGAAACGAACACAAAAGAGAGUGGCGACAUUGCAAAGAGGGCGCACUACACGUCGGUCGUUGAAGGUGCUUCCCCCGACUUCAGGUGCCAGGUCCUCGAGGACCUACAAACAGAAGGAGACUUCCUCGCGCACGGCUCUCGAGGUCGGCAGAGCCACAGCGAAGAGCUCGUCGUCGGGUGGCAAUCAGCACCCAGCAGCCGCCACUUCUUUCAUCCUGAGCGGGCCGGGUUCCUCGUCGUCGCUGCGCGGAAAUGGAGAGGAGCCUCUGGAAGUCGCAGUGGAAGGAAUUAGGAAGAACCGUGUGUGGAGUAAAAACCCUGCUCACGACGAGGACGAGCCGCCCCAAGGAGAGAGGGGUGCUUCCGAGGCGGGGAAGAUGAACAAGAACCAACAACACGCCUCCUAUGAUAAAAAUACAAGGCCCUUGUUCCUGGAAGACCCGUUCUCAGCAAGUGCACUGAUGGGUGACGGAAAUGCGAUGAAUGUUGACGCCCACGACGCACACACCCCCGGGGAAGGGAGGAGCAAAGGAGUAUCAAACGUCCAGCGAGCGGAGGUGCAGCUGACGCAGGCCCUCCAGGAGCUUCCGCCAGGCAACUGCCAGGAUAGGUAUUUACUGCACCAAGCGGAGCUGUUUAACCCCUUCGUGUGGUGUCGCGAGACGGAGCGGGGUGUUUGUUCUCACCUUAGUGUGAAAAUGUCGGAAACUGGGUCAAGCGAGUGGUCUCCUGUCGGAGAAGUAAUCGACGAUCCCCCUUGCGAGAUUCUGACAGUGGAGUUGACAACAGAACCGCCAGAGAACAUGCCCAUAGGAGAACAAUGGGUUUGGGAAUUGAACUAUAAAGAUAUCGCGGAAAAUUGUCAAAGGAAAUGCAAUAGCUGGCGGGAAUGCAAGUUCUUUAUCCACCUCCCGGUCGUGCUGGGGCCCACGAAUGGUACCGAAAGGGACUACGUUGGGUGUCAUUUGUUCUCCCGGGACGACACCGUGAGCUGCCCGUUACCGGAUGGUUUAUGAGAGUGCGAAACUACUUCCCAUUCUCGUCAUUUGUCGUGCAGAAUGGCAAUCGCGUUCGCGUACCGAUAGCCAGCCGUUUCGUUUCAGGCCUGGCUUGCGUGGUGACAGGCUACAGAACUCCAAACUGCACUAGCUUUCGUGUCUGGACUUGUCAUGCGGAAGCCACGGUUCUGCUGUUGUUUCUGCUGCGGCUCAUGCCACUAACUACGAGGGAGGGGAAGUUGCGUACUCGCAUAAGAUGUUGAGGGAAUCCGGUAUGGAGUGGAUCAAGCCCCGACAACUGCGAAUUAUAUCAGUGCGAAAAAAACCUAUUUUCCACCCAGAUUGAUUCAAGACCGCUGCGUGGAAACCAAAUAGCGUUUUAGUUAUAUGUAUCAUGAUGUUUUUGUACAUCUCCGCGGCCUGUUAUUGGCAGGGUAUAAAUACAGAUAUGGUAUCGGCCGCAGAAGGGCAGAUGUGGAGCUUUUGCAGGACCAAUGCAGGUGCAAAGCGGACGAGUAUUGUCUGAGUGCUCCAGUUUGUCACCAUGCUUGCUCCUGCUGGAAGUAGAAGUAUUUGGGGCUCGCGCCGCCGUGUUGGUACAACGGCGCGGGGAUCUGCGCAUAACAAUAGAAAAAGCAGUACUGCAGCAACUAGAAACAGUUCGAAGAGGCUUGGUUGAAGAGCUGGAGCGUGCUUUCUCUGGGGCUGACUGUUCCCGGAAGGGCGGCCGACGCACUAACGCCGCGCGAUGAUGGCAAACAGCUUGAUGGCAACAAAGUACAAAAACAAAAAGGAAGAGCACGCGUAGCCAGGAACAUAAAAUGAAUAAGAAAUGGCGGCCAGUAGAGCGACCGGCCCACCAACUGCAGCCCAACGCCUAGCGCGCCAGAUCCGGCCGGCCUCUGUAGUGCCAAAAGCCGGGUCAGGUAGAGGUAGAUAAGGGCACGCACUUCCGCUUGGUGCGCGGCACGGUAGCCGUGCCUCCUACCUUCUAGGAAAUGUAAAGCAGACCCGUGCCGGGCGGCGUCCCCCCUUUCUACUUCAGCUACCCAGCAAGCGCAGGCAGCUAGGGCGAGAACGCGAGCCCUUGGGGUCCGCAGGUAGGCUCUUUUUUUAGGUGCGACUCCUGGCCGCCGCGCUGGUACUCGUCGUAGCAGGUGGCCGGCCAAAGCGCUGCAACCUGCCGAAGGCGCCGGCGCCGCUGCACGGAUGUAAUCUCUGUGGCGGCUGGCAUCUGUUGCCUUCGCAUCAAGCCGCCCCCUGUGCGCCGAGAGUUUCUCUUGCGUUUGGUCUUGCGCUUGUUGUGUGCAUGCUUUUCCAUCCGGGCUGCCCAUCGGCGAGGCUUGGCCCGAUACCCUGUAGCAAGUAGCAGGACCACGCAACUGCUGGCGGUUGCCUCCCAACAAAUCUAAGUAAGAGGCACGCCUGCCAGGGGUGUUUUUGAGUUUUACUCUCGGCGCCGGCGGCCACACCUCAAAGCAUGGAGGCAACAGCCAUGCGGCUGGCUGUUUCUGAUGUGUUAGCCACAGCCCCAUUGCGGUUGGUUCGUUGUUUCUGUGCUCGGUUUCCUAGGCAAGCAUCAGGGGCAGCAGAUCGCCCGGGUAGCUGCGGUUGCUCAGUGUCAAAAACGAUAAAAAAAGGCUUUUGGCUGUCGAGCUGUAGAUGCUCGCUAUAGGCGGAAGCUGUAGAGCUUUGGCUCUAGAGCAUCACCAAACAGCUGUAGAGAUUCAGCUCUAGAGAUUGAGCUCUACAGGUUUUCGAGCUAUAGAGGCGCUCGCCCUAAUCGUUAUCAAUCUUUUUUCGCAGUAGCGUGGUGAUUCGCCAAAAAAAAUUAGAAAAAAUAAGGUCAUCUCUAGAGAUUUGAUCCUUCUUUGCCCAGAUUUGAGCCUAGUCUGCACCACAGUAGCAUGCAGAUUUCAGAAACAAAGCAAGUAGCCUUCUUUGAGCCUUCUUUGGUUCCAGGUUUGACCCUAGUUGCUGCAAGUACUAUAGUUCUCUUGGCUACUAUACACGAAGGCUGGAACCGUAUUUGCUGUUUUGCAUUCACAAGUGAGGGGAAAGAGGAUGUUGGUUCUGCGCUCCGAGAGUCAUCGCAGCCCAGCAAGAAAUAUUUGCAACAGAUGUAUAAGUGAGCUCUCCUGUGCUUCUGCGGAUCGGCAACGGCAUCCAUCUGUAAAUCUCAAUAAGGUUUUGUACAACAUUAUCUGUCAUAGUCAUGCGCUGUACCUGUGAAGAAGACAGAGAGCUACAUGCACCAAAGAGGCAAGAGGAAGCUUCUUGAAGAAGUUGCGUCGUUUCUCCACGCGGACGAACGAUCGUUUCGUCGCAAGUGCGAGUCUGAUCACUCUCGACUUCGAGGGGAAAAGAGGUUUUCAACGUGAUAGACUAUGUGAUGAAUGUCUAUGGGUGUCGUGGUAAAACUACCUCGUUUUGGGAAGAAACGGCAUCGACAGACGACGCUGUAAACGGUGGCACUGGACCGGGCGGCGCGACUGGGACUACACCAGUGUCCGCGACCGGUGAAGCGGGGGGGUGCGCCGGAAGCAAGUUACUGAACCGAACGGAGGCGUUCGAACCGGUUGAUUGGUGUGGACCGAGUACUUGUACGGAGGAAACCGUGGCUCUAUCUGGCUCGCUUGCGUCAAAUGCCACCUCCUGUUACUUUCGAACAGAGUUACUCACGGCGACGUCCACUUCAACUGGCGGAGACCUUUCUGACGCUUCGUAUCAAGAUCUGGUAGAGACGUGUCGACUUUCUUGCAAUUUGGAGAUGACGUGCAAUUUUUUUGUGAUCCACCUGCCCGAUGAUACGCAGAACUACUCUGAGUGUCAUAUGUUUUCCCGGAGUGACAACCAAAGCUGCGAUGUGCCGCAAGGUGUGGAGGAGAUCGGGAGCAACGAUCCUCAGGGAGGUUUGUAUCCGCAACUCGUUUACGAGUGUACGCCGGGAGGCACUACGGGUACGCCCGAGGCUUGGCCGCCCACAAGCAGUCCCUGCGUGCAUUUCCUGAGCGACGCGGACCAAAAAAGGAUCAACCUAGGGUCACAUAUGACCGAAAUAAUGCAAGCUACCACCGCCACGACCCUUGCGGAGAGCCAGACGGUCACUGUCAGCGGAAUCCUUGUUGAGUGCAGUGACGAUUACGCGCAAGCCAACCCGCCCCGAUUCUACUGCCCACCAGAGACGCAGAUGACGGUUACAUUGGUCGGGUGCGAUGUGGCAGCCACGCCGUCCAACGACACAGUGCCAGGGGAUGAAGCCGUGGUAUCAGAGGACUCUGUAGAAAACCACACCAACGACACAGUACCAGAAGCCGUGAUAUCAGAGGACUCUGUAAAAAACCACACUGGAGCUGGAGAGGGCGGCACGACUACCAACGCCACGGAUGACGGGGACGGCAAUAAUGGCACAGCGACUCCUGGCGUGCCUCUGGGCGGAGCAGCCGCCUUGGCGGAAGCCCCAGCGGAGAUCAUUUUCACGAACGGCACUGGCGAGGGGGAUGGUGGCACAACCAGCGGAGAUGCUGAUGCAUCAUGGACCGUGCCGGUAAUUGUGGCAACCGUCGUCGGCCUCGUUCUGGGUUUGAUUAUCCUACUGUCGUGCUGCUUUUGUAGCAGCUCAUCUUCCCAGGAAAUCAUGACAGAACAAGCGCAAGCGGAUCGUGAAGGCUUUGAUCCGGCGGAUUCAAAAAAUAAACCGAGUGUAGUAAAGGAACGAGAGCCCGAGCCUGCUCUUCACGUGGCGCCAGACCUCACGGCGGAGCAGGAUGCUGCUGCGAGUUUUGAUUUUGGCGAGGCGGAGACGGCUUUCCAGGCGGCCGGCCUGACCCCGGCGUUCGCAAAGCGGCUCGCGAUGCAGAUCUGUGACCAGCGGAUCAGCGACUACCAGGAGCUGGCCCGACCUGAGGACGGGCCCGAUCUGGAGAUCAUGCGCAAACUCGGCCUGUUUCAGGAUCCGUCGGAUGGAGCGGACGACGGCUCGGGGGUGGAGGCCGUCGGUCGUCUGCGCGGGUUCCUGCAGAAUCUGGCCGAGACGCAGAGGCGGGAGAGGUCAAUUGACUUGGGCGUGGAGGACUCCGCAGAGAAGCAGAUGUCGAGAACGUACGAGGAAGAGGCGCAGAGGGCACUAGCGGUCGAACAACUGUUCCAGGAGGCCAGGGUCCGGCUGCAAAAGAAUGCGGGUUUUUCCGAGCCCGCGGCGGACCUCGUGGCCAGCAGACUGGUGCAAGCCGCGCAGGGGAAUUUUGAGAAGGCCAGCGCCGUGGCUGGCUUUGGCAUGGCCGGCGACGCGAAGUUUUUGGCUAUCAGUAAGGAGGAUCUGGCGGCCGUGCUCGCAGAGCUGCAGGGACAGCAGGAGUGGCAGGACGUUUGCCGCACUUCUCCGGAGGAUGAGACGGCUGUGCAAGUGCUUAUGGCCACUCCUGUCAUCGUUCUACCCGACGACGGUGAGGCGCCUCUACAGGCCACCUGGGUGCAAGGCUUCCAGUCCGCUACCUCUGGCAAGUCGGAAAAGAAGCGCAAGUCCGCCAUGGUGUUUGACCUGCGGACGCUCCUCACUGACCCUGGGGCGGACUUUGGCAGUACCGAGGUGGCAAGCCCGUUGGCGGGCUUCCAAACGCUGUUGCCGGCGAAAAAGAAAUUUGAGAGGCGUGCGGCGGCAGCAGACAAUCGAAGCGUUCCGCCUUCGUUGCAAGCAGGACAAGAGUCUCGGCGAUCGGAAUCACAGGGAGCGGUGGAACAAGGCGGUAUUGCAGAAAUCGAUCCCGGGGCCGUUCCGCCCGCCGAUGGUGCGAACACCAACGCAGUGCAACGGACACCCUCAAAGCAUCUUCUGUGGGACACCCUCAAAGCACCAACGCAUGGCAUCUUCUCUGGGACAACGGACACCCUCAAAGAAGAUGAGGACAGUGGGAAGCAGAAACCGAAAAAAGUUUCGAAGAAGAAAAAAACCAGUGCCGAAUUAUUGGGAAAAAGUGUUUCAGGCACAGGGACAAGCGUGACGGCGUCCUCAGGGUCCUCGAGCCCACGGCGGCCCAAGAAGAAAAAAGAUCUGAAAAAGAAGCAGACCGGUGCAAAACUCGCGUCCGUAGAGAAGGAGGGAGUUGCCAGCAUCGCAGCGCCUGGCGAAGCGGAGACUGCAGUUACAAGUGGCAUGUAUGACGGAAUGUUCGAGGACGUUUCGGCUACCGCCUCAGCUCCCAAUAGCGCGGCCGUGGUGCAGCAACAGCCCGCUUCUCGGUCCGCCGACCGAGUCCACCAGGCGUUCGAAUCGGAAGCGUUGCAAGCUCUACAAUCCAUCGGGUUCCAAUUGGCGACCGCGAAAAAGAUCGCGAAGCAGUUGGUGGCGACGGACGUCUCCGGGGGGGAGAGAAUAAAACUCGGCGAGUCGGAGAAACUCGUUGCGACACAAGGUUUCCAGAAGGUCGCGGGGAAGAAGAAGGUGAAGAUAGAAAAUCUACGCGAUUUAGCGACGGAGCUGAUUUCUUGCAAGCCGGAAGCCUUUGUGAAAUCACUCUCUCCCACCUCCUUCGCCGCCUUCGAGCACGACAAGCAGGCAGGCGGGUCGAUCAGUGUGUUGCAGUCCUGUAUGAUGCAGUCCGGGUUGCAGAGUGGAGGGUCGUUGAUAAGUGAUGGCAUGGCGGCGUAUGAGGACGACCCUGCAGCUCCAGUAGAAACCGCUUUGGAAAAGAAGAAGCGGAUAAAGAAGAAAAUACGGCAGGCGGCGGGAGGAGAACUUUCUCUUUCCUCCGCAGAAUCUUCGGGUUCGAGGACGAAGGCGAAAAAGUCCGGAAAAACGAAAAAGUCAGAAAACAUCAAGAUGAAAACGGCUUCCAGCAAGGAGUGAAGUUUUUUAAAGCAUAACUGUCUCUUUAUUCACUUGACGCACUGCAAACAUACUGUUAUAUCGUUUCAAAAUUUGAUAUCUUACUUUCGUUUUAUUUCCAACUUCAACAAAACCAACUUCAAUCAAGUUUGCGGAAAGUUGCGACUUUAAAGUUCACUGUUAAUGCAUCCAGACUCAUUUUUGUCCCUCUUUUAAGUACUUUUUAAGUAGAAAAUCACAGGUCCUGAAACUAUGAACCUCCAGAGAGAAAAAUUGUUUUAGAGAAUAUACAGAUUUUUACUUCGCUUAUUUAGAUUUUUAUACUUUGUCUUGCAGCAUCUUUGUAGGCUUGAACUACCCUCUUCUGCAAAACUUAUGAAGACAGCGCUGUGAGCAAAGGCGCAGAACCUGCUCGCGUUGACCCUCCCAAAAACGUGAUCGGAUUGAUUGACUGACUGUUGCUGUUUCACUUCGCUUUCUGCUCUCACAGAAACAAAUACACGUGCAGGCAGCUAAGCACGCGU